AGGGAUGCUGUGAAGCGGGCGGGCGGGCGGGCUUUCUCUCGCGCGGCGGCGGCGGCUCCUGCUCCUCCUCGGGCCGAGCCCCCUCGCUCGCUCUCGGGCGGCCUCCUCCGCAUGUCCCCGGGGCCAGCCUCUGCCCCCCAGCGCCCGCCAGACCUGCUCACCCCUUCCCCCUCCUCGCCCCCCACCUCCGCGGGCUCGGCACCUUCGUAGCUCCUUUGGCGGGCGAGCAUCUGAGGGUCCUCCCCCGCCCCGCUCCCUCUGUGGCCAGCCCGUCCAUCCUCCCUCCCUCCCUCCCUCCCUCUCCAGCCCUCCUCUGCAUCCUUUGGGGGCGCUGAGUCCUCACCCCUUUCCCUUUUUGGAUUUCUCUUUGCUGGGGGUGGCGGGAGAGAGAGAGAGAGAGAGGAAAGGAAGUGGGGGCCAAGGAACCCGCGGGGAGGAGGGCCCGCCUGCUCGCCGCUCGCCCCCUGCCAGCCCCCGCUCGCCCAUUCCAGCGCCCUUUGUCAACUCCACCUGGAGGAGGCUCUCCGCGCCCUGAUCUCCCCCCCCCGCGCAGCUGGACACACCUCCCCCUCCUCCUCCUGCCCCCCGCACUACAAUCGGAGCAUCUCUCCCCCCCGCCGCCCGCCCGCCUCCCCCUGCUGGAGUCUCACGGGUACCGCGGAGGGGAAGUCCUCCGCGCCCUCGGCAUGAAGAUGAUGGUCGGCGGCGGAGGCUCGGUGCACCAGAACGGCCUCUUCCCCCCCGCCUCCCAACAGCAGCAGCAGCCGCCGCCGCCACAGCAGCAGCAGCAGCAGCAAGGGGGGGCCCAGCCGCAGCCCUCCCCGCAAGCCCCCCCGCCGCCCCACAUGGAUUCGGACCCCCCUGACUCUCGGAAAAGGCCCCUGGAGACCCCCACCGAGGCCAUCAGCACCAAGAGGAGCAACACAGGAGAAGACGGCGAAUACUUCCUGAAGGUCCUGAUUCCCAGCUAUGCUGCUGGAUCCAUCAUCGGCAAAGGCGGCCAGACCAUUGUCCAGUUGCAGAAGGAAACUGGAGCCACGAUCAAGCUGUCCAAAUCGAAGGACUUCUACCCGGGGACCACGGAGCGUGUGUGUCUGGUACAAGGCACGGCAGAAGCCCUCAAUGCUGUUCACAACUUCAUUGCAGAGAAGGUGCGAGAGAUCCCUCAGUCUGUCGUGAAGCCGGAGUCGGUCAAUAUCCUACAGCCACAGACAACUAUGAACCCUGACCGAGCCAAGCAGGCCAAGGUGAUUGUUCCGAACAGCACGGCUGGGUUGAUCAUUGGUAAGGGAGGCGCCACGGUCAAGGCCAUCAUGGAGCAGUCGGGCGCCUGGGUGCAGCUUAGCCAGAAGCCCGAGGGCAUCAACCUGCAGGAGCGCGUGGUGACCAUCAGCGGGGAGCCCGAGCAGAUCCACAAGGCCAUAGACAUCAUCGUGCAGAAGAUCCAGGAGGACCCACAGAGCAGUAGCUGCCUCAAUAUUAGCUACGCCAACAUUACAGGCCCCGUGGCCAAUUCUAACCCAACUGGAUCACCCUAUGCCAAUUCCACGGACGUGCUGCCAGCUGCCGCCGCUGCGGCCACAGCAUCGGGCCUCCUGGGUCACACCAGCCUUGCUGGGGUAGGGGCCUUCCCGGCGGCUCUGCCAGGCUUCUCUGGCAGUGACCUUUUGGCCAUCAGCACAGCUCUCAACACCUUAGCCAGCUAUGGAUACAACACCAGUUCUAUGGGGCUUGGCCUCAACUCGGCGGCUGCAUCUGGGGUGCUGGCAGCCGUAGCUGCCGGCGCUAACCCUGCAGCAGCCGCUGCUGCUAAUCUCUUAGCUUCUUAUGCCAACGAAGCCUCUACGAGCACCACUACCCCAGCUGGUGCAGUUGGAGCCUUUACCUUGGGUUCCUUAGCUGCGGCCACUGGAGCAGCCAAUGGCUAUCUGGGAACGGCCUCUCCGCUGGUGGCCAAUUCCUUCCUGACCACGGAGAAGCUUGUGGAAAGCGCCAAAGAUAUGGUGGAGAUUGCCGUGCCGGAGAACCUAGUGGGCGCCAUUUUGGGGAAAGGCGGCAAGACGUUGGUUGAGUACCAAGAGCUGACGGGUGCCCGCAUCCAGAUUUCCAAAAAGGGGGAGUUUAUCCCGGGUACUAGGAACCGUAAGGUCACCAUCACAGGCACUCCAGCUGCAACACAAGCGGCACAAUAUCUCAUCAGCCAGCGAGUAACGUAUGAGCAAGGUGUUCGAGCCACCAAUCCGCAGAAAGUGGGCUAAGAGAAGGCUGGAGAGAGAAGGCUGGGGGAAGGAGUAGAAUUCAAACCAAUUCUUUAAUCAUUACAAUUGUAACCUACCUGACCCCAGCCCCUGUCCAGUGUCCAUCUCACACACAUACACACACGCACACGCACACCCCUCUGGUUGGAAAGCAGCCCAGCGGCCAUCCUGCUGGACCCUGAUUUCACCGACGGUGCGAUCUGUAUAUGUAUAUUAUAUAUGGCAACGUUUUCUUUUCUUUUUUGAGUUGAUGGAUUUUAAUAGAAACACAUUUUUUAAGAAAAACAA